AUGGGGGAACGGCACGCCGACGCCGUCGUCACUGGGGUGGAGGCAAACGGCCACGUUUUCGACGUCAAGGGCCCGACCUCGCCCGAGAGCAAUCCCACUCUUCAGUGUGCGGCCACUUCCGGCGCCUACGAGAUCCCGGCCAUCUCGCGGCGGAAAGCGCGCGAGGACGCGUGGGCGCUGUGGGACUUCUCAGUGCCGUCUGGUGGCUUCACUGUCGGGCUGGCCGUCGGGUUGGCCGUCGGACUGGCCGCGGGGCUGGCCGUGGGACUGGGCGUCAGGCAAGGCGUCAGACUGGUCGUGGGGCUGGCCGUGGAGCUGGCCAUGGGACUGGCCGUGGGGCUGGCUGUUUGGCUGGCCGUGGGGCUGGCCGUCGGGCUGGCAGUCGGGCUGGCCGUCGGACUAGUCGCGGGGCUGGCAGUCGGGCUGGCCGUUGGGCUGGCGGUCGGGCUGGCCGUGAGACCGGCCGUGGGGCUUGCUGUAGGGGUGGUCGCGGGGCUGGCCGUCGGGCUGGAAGUGGGCCUGGCCGUCAGAAUGGCCGCAGGGCUGGCCAAGGGGCUGGCAGUCAGGUUGGUCGUCAGGCGGGUCUUUGGGCUGGCAGCCGGCCAGGCCGUGGGGCUGGCAGCCGGGCUGGUCGUCGGGCUGGCCGUCGGGCUGGCCGUGGGGCAGGCCGUCGGGCUGGCCGUGGUCGGGCUGGCCGUGGGGCUGUCGGUCGGGCUGGCCGUGGGGCUGGCCGUGGGGCUGGCCGUGGGGCUGGCCGUGGGGCUGGAAGUCGGGCUGGCCGUGGGACUGGCCGUGGGGCUGCUCGUGUGGGUGGCCGUGGGGCUGGCCGUGGGGCUGGAAGUCGGGCUGACCGUGGGGCCGGCCGUGGGGCUGGCAGUCGGGCUGGCCGUCAGGCUGGCCGUGGGCCUGGCUGUCGGGUUGGCCGGAGGGCUGGCCGUGGGGCUGGCAGUCGGGCUUGCCGUGGGUCUGGCCGUGGGGCUGGCUGUCAGGCUGGCCGUCGGGCUGUCCGUCCGGCUGGCCAUGGGGCUGGCCGGCCUGGCCGCGGGCUUGGCCGUGGGGUUGGCAGUCGAGCUGGCCGUCGGGCCGGCCGUAGGGCUGGCCGUGGGGCUGGCCGUGGGGCUGGCCGUGGGGCUGGCAGUCGGGCUGGGCUGGCCACGGGGCGGGCUGGCCGUGGGGCUGGCCGUCAGGCGGGCCGUGGGGCUGGCAGCCGGCCAGGCCGUGGGGCUGGCAGUCGGGCUGCCCGUCGGGCUGGCCGCCAGGCUGGCCGUGGGGCUGGCCGUUGGGUUGGCAGUCGGGCUGGCCGCGGGGCCGGCAGUCGGGCUGGCCGUCGGGCUGGCCGUGGGGCUGGCAGUCGGGUUGGCCGUGGGGCUGGCCGUUGGGCUGGCAGUCGGGCUGGCCGUCGGGCUGGCCGCCGGGCUGGCCGCGGGGCUGGCAGUCGGGCUGGCCGUGGGACUGGCCGUGGGGCUGGCAGUCGGGCUGGCCGUCGGGCUGGCCGUGGGGCUGGCAGUCGGGCUGGCCGUCGGGCUGGCCGUGGGGCUGGCGGUCGGGUUGGCCGUGGGGUUGGCCGUGGGGCUGGUAGCCGGCUGGCCGUGGUGCUGGCCGCCGGGCUGGCCGCGGGGCUGGCAGUCAGGCUGGCCACCCGGCUGGCCGUACGAUCAGGGGCGGCAGGUGCUCCGCCAGCGGUCCAUCGCCGCCCACGGCCUGGCCGUGGAGGCGCCCAGACAUGCGCUGGACCCCCGCAACUUCACGGCCCUCAUCGCAGGCCCGCCCGACUCCGCCUACAGCACGGGCAUCUGGAGGGUCGAGGUGGCGGUCCCCGGGGACUACCCCAUGAGUCCGCCGAAGCUGAGAUUUCUGACCGAGAUCUGGCACCCGAACAUAUCGGAGAGCGGCCACAUCUGCCUAGACACGCUGAAGUCGCAGUGGAGCCCCGCGCUGACGCUUGAGAACACACUGCUGUCAGUGAUAUCCCUGCUGACGGAUCCCAAUCCCGACCACGGCCUGAACCAGCAGGCACUCUCCCAGUUCCGGCGGGACAGGCCGGCCUUCUACGCUGCCGUGCGGCGUCACACUGCAGAGCACUGUGGCCAGCUCGUGCGGCACGGCGGCGGCGGCAGCGAGGAGUGUGGUGGCACAGAGGGGGAGGACCGCGAUGAUGAUGAAGACGCUCUCGCACCUCGGCGGAGGCGCUCAUCGUGGCUUUCAUGCUGCGCCAUCGCGUGGUGA